AUGUGUGAAGUCUGAAAACAUCCUCCCAUCAUGUAAUCCUCUCGCUCUCUCUUUCCCCCCUCCCUCCCCCUCCCUACAGAGAAGCCAGAUAAACCAGAUCCCCACCAAGUACAGCACGGCCGAGUCCACCAAGUACAUGAUCCUGACGGUGGUGUCAAUCCUGUGUAUCGUGGCUGUGCUGCUGGCCUCCACCGUGGUCUACUGCCUCCGACACCGCUCUCACCACAAGCUCAAGGAGAAGCUCACCAACCUGGGAACAGACACAGGCAGCGAUGCUACCUCCACCUAUCAGGUAAGAGGAUAUAUAUCAGACAUUAGUUAGUCUUUAUUUCAAUGUCCCAAAUAGUACCCUAUCCCUAUGGGCCCUGGUCAAAAUUAGUGUUCUAUUUAGUGAAUAGGGGACCAGUUGGGACUUACACAAAAAAAAAUACAGAUGACUUGAUCUUCUUGGUCAUUUUUUUUCAUUGAUAAAAACGGAGAAUCACAGGGAAUGUUAGAUUGUUUUGAGUGUGUGUACACUUGUUAGUCUACUUGGAUUGUAUAAUAGAUAAAACAUUUUGUGGUGUAAUUUAUGUCUGUAUUUGACAUGUUUCUUACUGUGGAGUAGUAUAUAGUUAUUCCAUUCCAUUCUGAGUGUUUGGGAAUUGGGAAAAUGGAAAAUGAUAUGAACCCAACAGGUUUGUGGGUGGCGUUGUCUGUUUGUGCUGGAAGUCAUUUCAAUUCCCCUCUAACUGGUGUAAUUAUCCAACGGCCUGCAAGUCCAGGUGUGAAAUUCAAUUUAUAGAAUCCAAUAUUAAGUGCCUUUUUAAGCAAAGAGUUCGAUUUUAAUUUCCGCCACUGACCUUUCGCCCUUAUUUUUUAAAUUAGCAGCGGGCAGCGGGCAGCCUGACUUCCGUACUACACACACUCACACACACACACACACAAACACACACAUGCAUAUAUACAUACACACACACACACACACAAACACACAUUCUCACAGUAUCGCUGCAUGCUAAUGACCAAGGCCCUGGGUGUGUCUGUCUGAGGCCAUGCUCACACACACACACAGACACACACACACAUACACACACACACACGUCUAUAUGACUAACCUGUACCCCCGCACAUUGACUCGGUUCCGGUACCCCAUGUAUAAAGCCUUAUUAGUGUUAUUUUAGUGUGUCACUUUUUUUUUUCUUUCGUUUAUUUAGUAAAUAUUUUCUUAACUCUAUUUUCUUAAAACUGCAUUGUUGGUUAAGGGCUUGUAAGUAAGCAUUUCAUGGUAAGGUCUACACCUGUUGUAUUCGGCGCAUGUGACAAAUAAUAUUUGAUUUGGAUUUGAUAUACCCCCACACACAACGCUCCCCUUGCGUCAGUGUCCAACCAGCUUACUGUUUAUCACAGAAUCCUCUGAGCCUUAGCUAGGUCUCCAAGUUGUCAGGCAUAUUUUCCUGUGUUAUGAAAGUAUGAUGUUGACAAUGAGAUAGAGAGCUUGACUGACAGGCUGCCUGUUGUACCUGAGUGCUUGCUGUUGGCUUUCAUCUGGGAGGGAUAUUGUGGAUGAUGCCUCUCUGUCAGUCUCCUUCUCCCUGGAUAACCAAGAGAGACAUGGGAACUGCCAGUCAUACUGUUGAACAGUCUACUGAGGCUUAUGUUAUCCCUCCCUGGCCUUCCUCCUCUCUCCUCCUCCUCCUCCUCUCUCCUCCUCCUCUCUCCUCCUCCCUCUCACUCCUCUCUCUCUGCCCACCCAACCUCUCACCCUCUCACCCACCAUCUCUCUCUCUCUCUUUCUCUCUCUCUCUCUCUGCCCACCCACCCUCUCACCCACCCUCUCUCUCGCGCGCCCGCUAUUUCCUCUCUCUAUCUCUCUAUCCACCAUAUUGUGCCAGAGGGCCUUUGUAUGUUUGUUUUAGCAUGGGGGCAAAGUGGUGAGAAAGGCCCCUAUAUUUGUUGGAGGGCGUGCAAACACAGGCGCCCUGUGCUGUUGUAGCCUUGCUACCCUCUGCCACCCUCCCUAUUAGCACUCUAUUAUAGAUGGCCUGCAUCCCAAAUGGCACUCUAUUCCCUAUAUAAUGCACUACUUUUGGCCAGAGCCCUACGCGUAGCAGUACACUAUAUACGGAAUUGCAUUCCAUUUGAGACGCAGCGAUGGACUGGUGUUGGAGGCUCGCCCACACUGGUCACUCUUCACAGACACUCCCACUGCCCAGGGUGAUGUAUGGAUGCUUCCCAAAUGGUAUUAUAUUCCCUAUUUAGUGCACUGCUUUUGACCAGAGCCCUAUGGGAAUAGGGUGCCAUUUGAGACACAUUUGGGAGUCAUGUGACUCAUAGGCCUCUUUUGUCUUUGUCUUUGUUAUUAUUUUAUGUCAGGCCAGACUUUGUUUUGUGAGAUAGCUAGUGCUUUCUGUAUCAUCUGAACCAAACGCAUUGGAAUACAUUUCCAUCAUAAAACAUUUUCUAAAUUUCUACAACGUAUGCUUUAACAAAACAUCGGUGUUAAAUUCCCGAUUUUUGUGAAAUAUAAGAUAACACAUCCAUAGCUUGUUUACAAAAAUCAUUUGGAAGCAUGAAUAAUAAAACAUAGUCUGUCUCUGGCUCACACUGGAGGACCGAUGUAUCUUUUCAUGCAGGAUUUUGUUUUCAACAUUCCUCCAUAUCCUACAAUACAACAUGGUGAUCAACCUUGUACAGUGGGGGAAAAAAGUAUUUAGUCAGCCACCAAUUGUGCAAGUUCUCCCACUUAAAAAGAUGAGAGAGGCCUGUAAUUUUCAUCAUAGGUACACGUCAACUAUGACAGACAAAAUGAGCUUUUUUUUUCUCCAGAAAAUCACAUUGUAGGAUUUUUUAUGGAUUUAUUUGCAAAUUAUGGUGGAAAAUAAGUAUUUGGUCAAUAACAAACGUUUCUCAAUACUUUGUUAUAUACCCUUUGUUGGCAAUGACAUAGGUCAAACGUUUUCUGUAAGUCUUCACAAGGUUUUCACACACUGUUGCUGGUAUUUUGGCCCAUUCCUCCAUGCAGAUCUCCUCUAGAGCAGUGAUGUUUUGGGGCUGUCGCUGGGCAACACGGACUUUCAACUCCCUCCAAAGAUUUUCUAUGGGGUUGAGAUCUGGAGACUGGUUAGGCCACUCCAGGACCUUGAAAUGCUUCUUACGAAGCCACUCCUUCGUUGCCCGAGCGGUGUGUUCGGGAUCAUUGUCAUGCUGAAAGACCCAGCCACGUUUCAUCUUCAAUGCCCUUGCUGAUGGAAGGAGGUUUUCACUCAAAAUCUCACGAUACAUGGCCCCAUUCAUUCUUUCCUUUACACGGAUCAGUCGUCUUGGUCCCUUUGCAGAAAAACAGCCCCAAAGCAUGAUGUUUCCACCCCCAUGUUUCACAGUAGGUAUGGUGUUCUUUGGAUGCAACUCAGCAUUCUUUGUCCUCCAAACACGACGAGUUGAGUUUUUACCAAAAAGUUAUAUUUUGGUUUCAUCUGACCAUAUGACAUUCUCCCAAUCCUCUUCUGGAUCAUCCAAAUGCACUCUAGCAAACUUCAGACGGGCCUGGACAUGUACUGGCUUAAGCAGGGGGACACUGCAGGUUUUGAGUCCCUGGCGGCGUAGUGUGUUACUGAUGGUAGGCUUUGUUACUUUGGUCCCAGCUCUCUGCAGGUCAUUCACUAGGUCCCCCCGUGUGGUUCUGGGAUUUUUGCUCACCGUUCUUGUGAUCAUUUUGACCCCACGGGGUGAGAUCUUGCGUGGAGCCCCAGAUCGAGGGAGAUUAUCAGUGGUCUUGUACGUCUUCCAUUUCCUAAUAAUUGCUCCCACAGUUGAUUUCUUCAAACCAAGCUGCUUACCUAUUGCAGAUUCAGUCUUCCCAGCCUGGUGCAGGUCUACAAUUUUGUUUCUGGUGUCCUUUGACAGCUCUUUGGUCUUGGCCAUAGUGGAGUUUGGAGUGUGACUGUUUGAGGUUGUGGACAGGUGUCUUUUAUACUGAUAACAAGUUCAAACAGUUGCCAUUAAUACAGGUAACGAGUGGAGGACAGAGGAGCCUCUUAAAGAAGAAAUUACAGGUCUGUGAGAGCCAGAAAUCUUUCUUGUUUGUAGGUGACCAAAUACUUAUUUUCCACCAUAAUUGGCAAAUAAAUUCAUUAAAAAUCCUACAAUGUGAUUUUCUGGAAAAAAUAAUCUCAAUUUGUCUGUCAUAGUUGACGUGUACCUAUGAUGAAAAUUACAGGCCUCUCUCAUCUUUUUAAGUGGGAGAACUUGCACAAUUGGUGGCUGACUAAAUACUUUUUUCCCCCACUGUACAGUAUAACAGACUGAUACCAGGGUUGCGCCUUAAAUGGCACCCUAUUCCCCCUUCGGCCCUGGUCAAAAGUAGUGCACUAAAAAAGGAAUAUGGUGCCAUUUGGAUCGCAAGAGGCAUAACAGGGACCAUAAAUUGCUGAUUAGUGUGUAUAGAUGAAAAUCAAUAACCCAUAAAUGAGGAUACAUCUGAACUGCAUCUCAAAUGGCACCCUAUUCCCUAUAAAGUGCACUACAUUUGACCAGGCUCUGAUCAAAAGUAAUGCACUAUAUAGGAAAUAGGGUACUAUUUGGGACGCUGUUAAUUUUUCCAUUGCCUGGGCAGUGCCAUACUAAAGCUGUAAAUAUGUGUUAUUCAAUGUCUGGUUAAUUUGGGCUUUUUGCAGGCAGCUUAUUGAAUAUCUCAGGAGAGGCCAUUUUCAUAUGGGGCCUUUUCUAUUAGGAUAUAUCUGGUAACAACAAAGUUAGAGUUGUUUUAAUGUGAAUGUUAGAACCUGCGGUAAUGGUGGGGCUGUCUGGCUGUCUGGCCAUCUGGCUGUCUGGAAUGGGGCUGUAGCAGGGAGGUGGGGGAGAGGCAGGCCCUCCCUGGGGGUUACUGGGACAGAUAAGCGAGCUAGCUGGCAGACAGACAGGCAGGCAGAUAAACGGUCAGGCAGGCAGGCAGACGGUCAGGCAGGCAGACUGACAGGCAGGCAGGCAGAAGGACAGGCAGGCAGGGAGGCACACGGACAGAUUUUCAUCAAAUUUAGUGGUUAUAAGCUACUAAACUUAUAGCAUGUUAAUAGAAAUAUGACUAGCAGGAUUCCUGAAUUUUUCUAUAACGUUGCAGAUAUUGAGUGUGCUUACACUGAAGCAGAUUGUAACAACACCUUAUAUACUCUUACCAGUUAAUGGUACUAAGUUUAUGGUUGCUGGUAAAACAGAGACAGACCUAAUUGCCGUGGUUAUAGUUUAGACGACAGCCAAUAGAUCAAUGUCACAGGGAAAAUGAGGAUUAGUGAGAUAAGAUAUCAACUGUAAUGGAGGGAUGGUGACAUGACUUGUGUUGUCACUCACAGCAAGUGUUAAUCAUGAUCAUCUCUCUCCUAAUGACUGAAGCAUGUGUAGCUAGACGUCCUCUGACAUUAGCUAGGUUACAUCACCAGCUGCAUUAGAUCACUGCUACCCCAACAGAUAUCCUCACUCAGCUGUGACUGAGAAAAAUUAUCAUUUGAACUCAAUGUCUUGGAGAAAAUGUCAUUCCAUAGUCUGUCCCUGGCUCACACUGGAGGACAGAUGUCUCUUUUGAUGCAGGUUUUUGUUUUAAACAUUCCUCCAUAUCCUACAAUACAACAUGGUGAUCAACCAUAUACAGUAUAACAUACUGACACCAGGGUUGCGUCUUAAAUGGCACCCUAUUCCCUACAUAUUCCCCUUCGGCCCUGGUCGAAAGUAGUGCACUAAAAAUGGAAUAUGGUGCCAUUUGGAACGCAACCCAGAUCAUGAAGCAGAGAAAAAUAAUCAUUUGAACACAUUGUCUUGGAGAAAAUGUAAUAACUAUUUCAGUAUUCCUUAAAUAUUCCUCAAAUAAUAUUUCAGUAUUACUGAAAUAGCAGGUUGAACCCAUGCUGGAAUACAAAAUCCAACAUCAUGUAAGCUGAUAGUAUGCAAACUGUAAAUGUUAAUGUGCGCAUUAGCAAAUAUUAUAUGACAGCAGUCAAACCCCCAUUGAUUGUGAAUGUGCACUCCCAGAGGUAGUGUAUAAUAGUGACGUAACUUUAGCGACGGAUGCCGUUUCCUUGGAAAUGGUCAUUAACAUAGUCAUUAACACUAAAACCGCCUGGACUUGACGCAUUCAAGAAGCAGCCUAUGACGCCUUAGGAACAUCUACAUUUUUAACAGCCUAUUAAUAAUCAAUUUAAUGUAUACCAUAAAAAUCCAUUGUUUCUGUAUAGGUAGGUCUUCAAAAACAUUAGGAUAUGAAAAACAUGUAUUUCAAAACAACAGAAUAAGUGUGUUUACUUUGUUACUGUGCUCAUAGUCUGCCGUGUCCCUCCUUCUGCUCCUAGGAGCUGUGUCGUCAGCGGAUGUCGGUCAAGCCGCCGGCGGAGCGUCCAGAGCCGAUGCACAGUGUGUCGUCACGGCUCAACAGUGUGUCGUCCCAGUUCAGCGACGGGGGGCCCAUGGUCAGCCCCUCGGCACGAAGCUCCACCUCCUCCUGGUCUGAGGAACCCGUCCACUCCAACAUGGACAUCUCCACUGGACACAUGAUCCUGGUAAACAUCACUAUACCCUUAUAGCUGUCUGACUGUUUGUCUGUCUGUCUGUCUGUCUGUCUGUCUGUCUGUCUGUCUGUCUGUCUGUCUGUCUGUCUAUCUAUGUGUCUGUCUGUCUGUCUGUCUGUCUGUCUGUCUGUCUCUCUCUCUCCCAUCUGUCUUUCUUUUUCUUUCUCUCUCUCGCACAUAGUCUCUUUCUUCCUCUCCUCCUACUCCAUCUCUCUCUUCGUUUCUAUUCAUCUCAUUACAGCCACAUUUCAAUGAGCAGGCUUGUUCCACAUGUCUUCUUUUCCCACAGAUUAAAAUAUCCAUUGAUUCUGAAUAACUGUCUACCAUAAUUGCAAUACAUAGCUAUUCUUCACAUAACCCUGUCCUCCUGCUCUGAGGCUACAUGCACAAUGAUAGAAGGACCCUGGGAUGUGUUCAAUAGGCAUGAAGCUCUUAAUUGCCCUUGAGAUUUACAUAUCGGGGCAAUACAUAUCAUAUAUAUGAGACACACAGACAUGAGCACGCACACACACACGCACACACCCACACACACAACGGUUGACCCUCUGUCUGGCUGGGCUAUUCUGACUGACUGGCAGUGAGUGGAGCAGCAGUGUAACGUGAGAGAAAGCUCCGUGUGCUUCAGUACCUCGGACAGCUCCCUGGCAGCAGAUAGCAACGUGCUGCUACUCAACUGAGCCCAUUUUCAACGGUUUGGCCAAAUUGUUUGUCCCGUCCUCCCACGUACGCCAGUUUAAAUAUGAGAAUGAACUGGGCCACGAGGCCGUCAUUGGAGAGAUUCUGUUCAGUGUUCAUGAGACUGGGGCUAUGGUGGGUUAGUAUAUAUAGGAGCCAGCUAGGGCAGGGAAGCAAAGGCAAAUUACCCAGGAGGUGUGAGCCACGCUCCCUGUCUUCCCACUGCCGACUGUGCCCCUGGCCCCUCCCCCCGUCCUGCUUCAUUACAUACUGCAAGAGACUGGGGCAGAUCCAGGGGCACGCCUCUCUCUUCUUCUGCAAUGAAUCCCCCCUCUCCUCUCUCCGAGAGAAGAAAACCGAGCUACAUACUCCAGAGCAAGGGCGAGCCGCCCUACCCUCUCUCGCCUCCCACGCGAGCGCUAAAGCAACUAACGAGCGAGAGCCCCGUCUCCUCUUCUCCGCCCAGCCCCCCUCUCCUCUCUCUCUCUCCGCCUCCUCUCUCUCUCCUCCUCCCCUCUCCUCUCUCUCCUCCUCCUCCCCUCCUCUCUCUCUCCUCCCCUCUCCUCUCUCCUCCUCCCCCUCUCCUCUCUCUCUCCUCCUCCCCCUCUCCCCCCUCUCUUCUCCCCCCACUCCCCUCUCUCUCUCUCCCUCCCCUCUCUUCUCUCCCCUCUUCCACUACUCUUCUCUCCAGCCCAUUUUCAUCUCCUCACAGGGGGUCCCUUUCUCACAGCUGAACUGUCUCUGUCUUAGAUAUUAACUACAACUACAGGCCAAAUGCAGUCAACAACAACAACUGCUACUGUGAUCCACCUGCCAGUAAAAUCAACACUGAAGUCCAUAAUGCACUAUAUCAUUAUGCCCUCAAAUGCCCUUUCUUAAAAGUGAUUGUUCAUCUAGCCACAGUAAAUGUUCUGAGUAGUUUCCUCAGACAUAUCAUAUGACCAGAGUCAGACCAGCACUAUUCUGAGCUCAUAUUGAGUUUUCAUAAGCAGUACAUAAAGACAGUACCAACAGUACAAGCUGCAUACUUACAGUACAGUACAUUGUAGAGUGAUUAAAACUGUGGGGGUCAGAAAAAAGCAUAAUUGCUUACUAGGUUUCCCCCCCAAAAAACGUAAUUGCCUUCUGUAAAGCUGCAAAUCCCACAUCAUCAUGAUCCCCGACUGUUUUUAAUUUGAGAAAUGCCUUGCACUAUCUUAUCUAUGUUAAUGUAUUACUUUUUCCCAUGUGACUUGUUCAGAAUAUGACUUCAUACAGAGACUUGGCUAUGUCUUAAGCGGACUAACUUACUCUAUAUAAAAAUCAUAUUAUCUUGUCUUUUGUUGCUGGCCAGUAAGUGUUAUAGAUUAUACUGCGUGGAGUCUAUAUAGAUUAGGGGUUUGCGAAGCCGGCGAGUAGGAAGUUAUUUUGAAGCUAGCUGAGUGUGAGGGGUGUGUGCCAAGUUGUAACUUGGAGUGUUGAAUUAUACCACAAUGUCGCAGGCACCAUGUGUGUGCCAUAUAUGAAGAAAGAUGUUGUUUAAUCACUUUAAUACAGGACAGUGUCAGAGGAAAGCCUAUCGGGAGCAUUUAUGUUGGAAAGCACAAUAUGUGUUCAGGAGCAGGUCUUAAUCUUCCAUGAUACCCCCUAUUCCAUGUCUGCGUCCCAAAUGACACCAUAUUCCCUUUAUAAUGCAUUCCUUUUGAUGGGCUCUGGUCAAAAGUAGUGCCAUCUGGGACACAUCCCAUAUAAACUUAAUCCAGGAUUUAAAAAACUGUGCCUUAUUAGAACCAUGUGAUACUGUAGGUACCUCACUGUACUGUGUAAGCUGCAAUUGUACACUAGUUCCCUUCCCUUUCCUGGCAUCUCCAUGUGUGCGUCCGAAAUGGCUCCCUAUUCCCUGUUUAGUGCACUCCUUUUGAUGGGUUCUGGUCAGAAUUAGUGCAUUACACUCCUUUUGUGACACACCCCAUCAGUGUAAAACCAAACAGCUUAUAUGUGCAAAUGGCCUUCUCUCACCCAGGUGCUGUAGUCUAGUUCAUUAUGAGGCUCUAGCCCUGCCUCGACGUCAUUGACAGCUCUGAGCAGCCCUGAGACGAGGGCUAGUUCCUCAUCUAGCGUUAUUUCAUUCUGAUUUUAUUGAGCACCUUUGGCAGCUGUAAACCCAGCAGUAAGGGGAUUAGCCAGUGUUUGCCUGACACAUGGUGAUCUCAGCACCUCCAGAUUGGAUUGGAAUAAUCCCUUUACACAGUACAAAACCCCAUUACUCUGGCAUUAGCACAGAGGAGAGUGUGUCUCUCUGAUGCCCUGGCAGGUAGGGCUGGUGGAGGAGGAGGGGGGAUGCAGGAGUAGAGGAGAGGAGGUGGAGGAGGAGGGGGGAUGCAGGGGUAGAGGAGGGGAGGUGGAGGAGGAGGUAUUUGGGAUGGAGAUAAGUGCAGAAUGAAGCUGCUAUUCGAUAAGGGGCUGAAUCAAGGAAGGGCGACGGAUUCGUGCCCUGCUAAAAAAUGUCGCCCGUUUCCCAGACUGUGUUCAGUGUUUUCAGCACAUAAUGUAAUAAGUGUUGAUAUGAUAUGGAGACCGAGGCCAAAAUUGCACCCUAUUCUCUAGUGCACUACUUUUGACCAGGGUCCAUACGGCUCUGGUCAAAAGUAGCGCACUAUACCCUGUUAAGAGAAAGUCUAUUAAGCCUCUUUGAGUAAUGAACAUGAAUCCAGAUUAUGUCCCCCCCCCCCAUUUGUAACCUUCUGUUAUUAAUAGAAUGACAUUAGGGCUGUGUCCUAAAUGGCAGCCUAUUACCUACUGUAUAUAGUGUACUACUUUUGAUCAGAUCCCUAUGGGUAGUAUGUUAGUAGUGUACUACAUAGGGAAUAGGGAGUCAUUUCUGACGCAGACAUGGAGUCCGUUUUAGGAGACUAUUUUAUUUAAUUAAUACAAAUUCUAAUAGUUCACCUAAUUUAAGUUUAUGUGACAAAACAAGCAAUGUAGAGAAUCAUUGUACCAUCUAAAGUGUUGUGAAAUAUAUUUUCAAUAACCAAAAAUAUUGUAUUUUGAGCUGUUUGAAACUGGUGUACCAAAUCGAAAGUACAGUGGGGAAAAAAAGUAUUUAGUCAGCCACCAAUUGUGCAAGUUCUCCCACUUAAAAAGAUGAGAGAGGCCUUUAAUUUUCACCAUAGGUACAUGUCAACUAUACAAAAUGAGAAUAUUUUUUCCUGAAAAUCACAUUGUAGGAUUUUUAAUGAAUUUAUUUGCAAAUUAUGGUGGAAAAUAAGUAUGUGGUCAAUAACAAACAUUUCUCAAUACUUUGUUAUAUACCCUUUGUUGGCAAUGACACAGGUCAAACGUUUUCUGUAAGUCUUCACAAGGUUUUCACACACUGUUGCUGGUAUUUUGGCCCAUUCCUCCAUGCAGAUCUCCUCUAGAGUAGAGAUGUUUUGGGGCUGUCGCUGGGCAACACGGACUUUCAACUCCCUCCAAAGAUUUUCUAUGGGGUUGAGAUCUGGAGACUGGCUAGGCCACUCCAGGACCUUGAAAUGCUUCUUACGAAGCCACUCCUUCGUUGCCUGGGCGGUGUGUUUGGGAUCAUUGUCAUGCUGAAAGACCCAGCCACGUUUCAUCUUCAAUGCCCUUGCUGAUGGAAGGAGGUUUUCACUCAAAAUCUCACGAUACAUGGCCCCAUUCAUUCUUUCCUUUACACGGAUCAGUCGUCCUGGUCCCUUUGCAGAAAAACAGCCCCAAAGCAUGAUGUUUCCACCCCCAUGUUUCACAGUAGGUAUGGUGUUCUUUGGAUGCAACUCAGCAUUCUUUGUCCUCCAAACACGACGAGUUGAGUUUUUACCAAAAAGUUAUAUUUUGGUUUCAUCUGACCAUAUGACAUUCUCCCAAUCCUCUUCUGGAUCAUCCAAAUGCACUCUAGCAAACUUCAGACGGACCUGGACAUGUACUGGCUUAAGCAGGGGGACACGUCUGGCACUGCAGGAUUUGAGUCCCGGCAUAGUGUGUUACUGAUGGUAGGCUUUGUUACUUUGGUCCCAGCUCUCUGCAGGUCAUUCACUAGGUCCCCCCGUGUGGUUCUGGGAUUUUUGCUCACCGUUCUUGUGAUCAUUUUGACCCCACGGGGUGAGAUCUUGCGUGGAGCCCCAGAUCGAGGGAGAUUAUCAGUGGUCUUGUAUGUCUUCCAUUUCCUAAUAAUUGCUCCCACAGUUGAUUUCUUCAAACCAAGCUGCUUACCUAUUGCAGAUUCAGUCUUCCCAGCCUGGUGCAGGUCUACAAUUUUGUUUCUGGUGUCCUUUGACAGCUCUUUGGUCUUGGCCAUAGUGGGGUUUGGAGUGUGACUGUUUGAGGUUGUGGACAGGUGUCUUUUAUACUGAUAACAAGUUCAAACAGGUGCCAUUAAUACAGGUAACGAGUGGAGGACAGAGGAGCCUCUUAAAGAAGAAGUUACAGGUCUGUGAGAGCCAGAAAUCAUGCUUGUUUGUAGGUGACCAAAUACUUAUUUUCCACCAUAAUUUGCAAAUAAAUUCAUUAAUGUGAUUUUCUGGAGAAAAAAAUUCUCAAUUUGUCUGUCAUAGUUGACGUGUACCUAUGAUGAAAAUUACAGGCCUCUCUCAUCUUUUUAAGUGGGAGAACUUGCACAAUUGGUGGCUGACUAAAUACAAAUUUUCCCCACUGUAAAAGGCACAAAAACGAAACUUAAGAUCGGGAAGCAUAGAAAAGCGCACAUAGAAAAUAUCUACCGCUUCUUAGACUUGUUUUCAAUGAGAAUGACAGAUUUAUUACUCACAUUUCUAUGUGAAUUUGGUCUGGUCACCCAAAAAGUUACAUAUUGCAGCUUUAAAGAGACAUUCCUGGUGAUUGUUUCCUGCCUGUUUGUGUAUGGACCCUGGAUAAUCAUUGAUGUCCAACAACCAUCUCAGCCCAACUGUCCUCUAUCAACAGAGAGGAACAAUAGCUAGCCUACCCUGUUGGCCCCCAUGCUAAAACAUGCUAGGUUUCACAUUUAGCUUUGACAAUCUCAUUAGCGGCAGUUAAUCAAAGUCAGUGCUCCUGACUUAAUGAUGAAUACAGUAUGAGAGGUAAUGGGCUCGGUUGAAUAGCUUAUCAUUUAGAGGGAACUAUUCCUGUUCCUGACUACAGAUGUAGGAUCUUAAUUUGAGCCAGUUUGCUACACCAGGAAAAUAAUCGUGCAGCAACAGGAAAUGUUAAUUAUUAUGUGGAUUAUAAUUAAAGAUGUGCUAUGCAGAAAUCGCUCUGCCAUUUCCUGUUUGCUAAAAUUCUAAUUGUUCACUUAAUUUCAGUUUGUGACAAAAGUAUCAUUGUACCAUCUAAAAUGGUAAAAUAUAUAUUUCUAUAAUCAAAAAUAUUUUAUUUUUGGCUUGUUUGAAGCUGGUGUACAAAACUGAAAGUAAAAUAUUAAAAAAAGAAAAGAUUGUGAAACAUAGAAAUAGUGCACAUAAAACCUACCACUUCUUAGACUUGCUUUCAAUGAGAAUAACAGAUCUAUAACACACAUUUCUCUGUGAAUUUGGUAGGGUUGCCCAAAAACGUACAUAUUGCAGCUUUAAUGGACAUUUUUGUAGGGGUUGAUAAAUUUUUCGGUAGGGCAAAUCAAGUCAAAUUUCAAAGUGGAAAUGACUAAGUAUAGAAGCCUUUUUAAACAAAAAACACAGUACAAGAUUGCAUAUCCUGCUGUGCAAGAAAUUUCUCAGCAACAAAAGAGUGAUCAGAUUUAGAUCCUACAUCUGUACGGCUAGGACUACAUAGAGACCAUAGAUAAUAGAGACCAUAAACAACAAUAAUAAAGACCUCGGAACCAAAUGCCACAACACAUUAGCAUUAUUAUUCAUAUAAUUAUAAGAACAUUUCUACUGGCUCAUCUUUACUCCUGUUGAAUUAAGAAUAUUCUAUUUUGAGUCCUUGUUGUUUGUAUAGCUUGUUGGUCAGGUCAUUAUUGUCAAAGAGAAUGUGUUCUCAAUUUACUUACCUGGAUAAGAUAUUAUCUUUCCUCGACCUACCUUGUCUUACAUUGAGGAGGAAUACACACCAACUGACAAACAUGAUGGGUACAACUAUAGUUAUUGAAUGCAUAUUGACUCCGUCUUCUCUUUCCUCGCUAGUCUUACAUGGAGGAUCACCUGAAGAACAAGAAUCGUCUGGAGAAGGAGUGGGAGGCUCUGUGUGCCUACCAGGCUGAGCCCAAUGCCUCCACUACAGGCCUGGGUGCCGGGAACACCAAGAAGAACCGCUCCAAUGCUGUGGUGGCCUGUAAGUUAUCAUCCUUCCGUAUUCUUCCAUGUUUAUUGGAUAGAGAGGAAAGGUAGACGAGUGUGUGCUGAAAGAGCAGUGAAUGGGAUUUGAACCUAUGGUCACAGCAGUACAUCAGGCAGCAGCUUAGACCACUAGAUCACCCCAGGUCACAAGGCCUGUAAGUUCUCCUCCUGUUCUCUAUACGUUGACCUUACAGAGCCUUACCUUCUUAAUGCACUUGGAUUUGUCCCUGCAUUAUAGGUGACUGACCUCUGAGUUAAAAUACUGUUCUAAAAUGCUCUUAGAUAUCAUGUUACUGUCAAUUGUACCCAUCUUAGACUAUUUCAAAUUAUAAGAUAUAUGGAGCAGGUUUGCUUUUGGUUCGAGGUUAUGUUUGAGAGUGUUUUGAGUAUUUGAGCAUUCCAGUGCAGGCAGGCCGGGCAGGGUGAUGAGUCCUUGUAGAGGAGGUUGAGUUGGUGCGAUAAAUUCCUCCAUUUAUAUUUCAGAUGAUCACUCAAGAAUAACCUUGAAGGUUGAAAACAGCCACAGCAAUUCAGAUUACAUCAAUGCCAGCCCAAUCGUAAGUACCUUUUCAGUAUACUAAACUCUACUUUAUAGUGUUGUGUGCUGUACUGACAGUCCCACAGGGAUUUAGAACGAACAAAAGCAAAGCAGUGCUUUACAAUAUAAAAUUUGAUGCAACAGGUUGCUUAGCUUUAGUAAGAUACAUUGUAUUGCUUAUGCACACUGUGUUUCAUGCGUUGAAUAUUAAUGAUUGUUUUAUAAGAAAUAAUGAGUGAAUAUUCACAUGGGGAAGGGGUGGGGAAGGGUACCACGCAUGAUUCACCCUAUUCACCCCCAUUUUGAAAGAACAGUUGAUCUUUCACUAUUAUUGACCUUGAAUUAUGUUAAUGUAGACUGUUUACUGUUUGGCACAGCUAUGCAGUUCAGUUUUGUUGUGCUUUGAUGUUGCCUAUAUACACUGAGUGUACAAAACAUUAAGAACACCUGCUCUUUCCAUGACAUAGACUGUCCAGGUGAAAGCUAUGAUCCCUUAUUGAUGUCACUUCAAUCAGUGUAGAUUUUUAAAUGUUUAUUUAACCUUUAUUUUAACAGGGAAGACAUAUUGAGACUUACAGUAGGUCUCUUUUGCAAAUGCGCCCUGUAUAAUACAACAUAAAUAUACACAUUAUACCCCAAAUAAAUAAAUACAUACAUAUAUAUAUAUAUAUAUAUAUAUAUAUAUACUGUACACAGGAGGUUGGUGGCACCUUAAUUGGGGAGGACGGGCUAGUGGUAAUGGCUGGAACAGAAUAAGUGGAAUGGUAUCAUUCCAAUCACUACGUUCCAGCCAUUAUUAUGAGCCAUCCUCCCCUCAGCAGCCUCCUGUGAUACUGUAUAUAUACAUUACAUGACCAAAGGUAUGUGGACAGUUGCUCGUCGAUCAUUUCAUUCCAAAAUCAUGGGCAUUAAUAUGGAGUUGGUCCCCCCUUUGCUGCUAUAACAGUCUCCACUCUUCUGGGAAGGCUUACCAUUAGAUGUUGGAACAUUAAUGCAGGGACUUGCUUCAAUUCAGCCACAAGAGCAUAAGUGAGGUCGGUCACUAAUGUUGGGCGAUUAGGCCUGGCUCGCAGUCGGCGUUCCAAUUCAUCCCAAAGGUGUUCGAUGGGGUUGAAGUCAGGGCUCUGUGCAGGCCAGUCAAGUUCUUCCACACCGAUCUCGACAAACCAUUUCUGUAUGGACCUCGCUUUAUGCACGGGGGCAUUGUCAUGCUGAAACAGGAAAGGGCCUUCCCCAAACCUUUUCCACAAAGUUGGAAGCACAGAAUCGUCUAGAAUGUCAUUGUAUGCUGUUGCGUUAAGAUUUCCCUUCACUGGAACUAAGGGGCCUAGGCCGAACGAUGAAAAACAGCCCCAGACCAUUAAACUUUACAGUUGGCACUAUGCAUUUGGGCAGGUAGUGUUCUCCUGGCAUCCGCCAAACCCAGAUUCGUCCGUCGGACUGCCAGAUGGUGAAGCAUGAUUUAUCACUCCAGAGAACGCGUUUCCACUGCUCCAGAGUCCAAUGGCGGCGAGCUUUACACCACUCCAGCCGACGCUUGGCAUUGCGCAUGGUGAUCUUAGGCUUGUGUGCCGCUGCUCGGCCAUGGAAACCAUGGAAACCCGAACAGUUCUUGUGCUGACGUUGCUUCCAGAGGACUCAGUAGUGAGUGUUGCAACCGAGGACAGACGAUUUUUACGCGCUACGCGCUAUGUGCUUCAGCACUCAGCGGUCCCGUUCUGUGAACUUGUGUGGCUUACCACUUCGCGGCUGAGCCGUUGUUACUCCUAGACGUUUCCACUUCACAAUAACUGACUUGUUGGAAAGGUGGCAUUCUAUGACGGUGCCACGUUGAAAGUCACUGAGCUCUUCAGUAAGGUUAAUCUACUACCAAUGUUUGUCUAUGGAGAUUGCAUGGCUGUGUGCUCGAUUUCAUACACCUGUCAGCAAUGGGUGUGGCUGAAAUAGCCAAAUCCACUAAUUUGAAGGGGUGUCCACAUACUUUUGUGCGCAAAGCUGUCAUCAAGGCAAAGGAUGGCUAUUUGAAGAAUAUAUUUUUAUUUGUUUAACACUUUUCUGGUUACUACAUGAUUUCAUAUGUGUUAUUUCAUAGUGUUGAUGUCGUCACUAUUAUUCUACAAUGUAGAAAAUAGUCAAAAUAAAGAAAAACCAUGGAAUGAGUAGGUGUGUCCAAACUUUUGACUGGUAUUUUAACACAUUAAAAUACAAAAACAUAGUCAUGGGAAGCACAAAAUAAAACAUCACAAAUCACCCAGAUAAACAGUUACAUUCCUCCACAAAUAAGUCCUCAAUCAAUACUUUAAAUUGCCCGAAUGACACCAGAACAUCAAGAUUAAAUGUGUUUAGAAUUUUGUUCCAGCAAUACGGUGCAUUAAAACUAAAAGCAGAUUUACCUAGCUCGUUGGAGACCCUAGGAAGCUCAAGAGUUAACCAAUCCUGUGAACGGAUUAGGCAACUCAGGUGUCUAUACUUCAACAGCAAAGUUAGAUAAGAUGGACGUUUAUGAAGUAGGGCCUUGUAAACAAAAAUGAGUAAUGUAGAGAUCUAUGGGUCUUUAGUGAAGUCCAGCCAACCUUUUGAUAUGGAAUGCAGUGAUGAGUAUCAAAACUGUCCCCUGUAACAAAACGAAGGGCACUAUGGUAGAUGGCGAUAAUUAUUAAGAUCACUACUAUCCCUGCACUUGUGGAGUGGCAGCACAAGAGCUGAUUUCCAUACUUUUGGAAUAUUUCCUGAUAACAAUAACAUUUGGGUUAUUUAGUUAUUUGGGUUAUUGAGACAACAAUGAUGGGGGCUGCACACUUAAGCAGACCAGGAUCCAAUUGGUCGACCCCUGUGGAUUUCUUGUUGCCUAUUGCUAGCAAAGCAUCCAGGACUUAUUUUUCUGUAAAUAGCCUAAAAGAAAAGCUUUAACUAUCAUUUCUCUGAUCAUUCAGCAAGUCAUUCAGCAUGUUUCCCCUAUCAGCAUCCUGCCCAAUAUCAUUGUGAAUAGGUUUAGAAGUUAUUUCAAAGAGAUAGCCCGCUGAAAUAAAAUGGUGAUGAAAUGCAUCAAUGAUGGUAUUUCUUUCCAUAAUAAGGCCAGUGUCUGAAUGAAUUUGUUGUGGCAGAGAGGAGGAAGUAGAACCCUUCAGGGAUUUGACAGUUUUCCAGAAUUUAGCCGGGUUCAAUUACAAUCUGAAAGAGUGGUUACAUAAUAAUCAGAUUUAGCCUUUCUGAUUUGUCAUACACAAUGAUUCUUCAGUUGCUUAAAAGCUUGCCAGUCCGGGCCUAAGCCUGUGUUCCUGGCCUUGACCCAAGCAUCGUCUCUUUUAUGAAUGACUUCUGAUAAAGAGUGUACCAGGCAUUUGAUCUACCUUUAACCCUUAAUUUUCUGAAGGGGGCAUUUGAUCUACCUUUAACCCUUAAUUUUCUAAAGGGAGCAUGAUUAUCCACAAUAGUAUUGAAGACAUCUGCAAAAAGGCUAAAAGAUAAAAUCAGGUUCAGGGAUAGCGGAAAUAAAAUCAAGGUCACAAAAAUAAAGAAUAUGUAAAAAAAAAAAAAGCCUGUUCACUGAAGUUUUUAAUGUUCCUCUUUGUGAUAACACGAGGCUUAGAUUUUUGUAUUCUCACAUCUCUAACACAAACAACUGGGCAAUGGUCACUAAUGUCUUGAGCAAUGACACCAGUAGAAACAUAUUCCUCUGGUUUAUUCAUUAAAAUGAGAUCAAUCAGAGUUGACUUUGAAGGAUCUUUAGGGUUGGGCCGUGGAGGCUUAGUCACCAGCUGGGUUAGGUUUAGAUCAUUACACGUCUUUUAGAUUGUCUGAAGCCUGCAUUUCCCAAUCAUAAUUUGGGUCACCCAGGAUAAUAACUUUGGAUUUAAUAAAAGAAUACAACAAACUAGUUAACUCCUCGAGUGCACAAAGGUUAGCCGAGGGAGCCUUUACCCCAGACAAAGGCUUAAAUAUAGUAGCUAAAGAUUUUUGGCAAGGGAAAUGGAUUUCAGUAAAGAGACAGAGAAAUUAUUUUUAAUAAGAAUGUCCACUCCACCACCUCUACACUGUCUGUCAGCUCUGAACCCAUUAUAACACUCAAUAUUAAAAUCCAGAGUCCAGAAUGUCCCCAGAGAUCCAAGUUUCAGCCAAUACUAGAAAGUCCGAAUUCGUCUGCAUAGCCCAGAUCUUGAUGUAAUGAAGUUUAACUCAAUAUUAGGAAGGUGAUCUUAAAGUUUUGCACACUCACUUAAAAAUCCUUCUAUAACCUGUCUCCUCCCCUUCAUCUACACUGAUUGAAGUGGAUUUAACAAGUGACAUCUUUAAGGGAUCAUAGCUUUCACCUGGAUUCACAUGGCAAUCUAUGUCAUGGAAAGAGCAGAUGUUCCUAAUGUUUUGUACACUUAGUGUAUAUAUUCAUGUUUAGUUGAUUCCAUGUAAGCCUACACAUUGGCAGCAGGGAAUCAAGAUGGGAGCUGAUGCAAUUAUUUAUACCGUUUAUACCGGUGCAUUUUUAAAGGCUAAAUCAGGAGUUUAAAGAUACACUCCGGCUAUUUUUGAACUAUUUUUGAACUUUCCCCACUGAGAAAUGACAACUAGUGUAUAAAUAGGGUAAUUUACACACACUUAAGCGUCAAACAAUACAUUUUGUGCAAAAGUAUUUUUUUACUCAACUGUGGAUGUCCAAGGACCAAACAUUUGUAAGAAAGAGAGAAAUAAGAGCCAUGUGAAUUCAGUAACUGAGCAUACCCAUUUGACAAAGGUGGUAAAAUCAAAUAGAUGCAGUUAUCUUCCCCUGGAGGCAGAUACAGAAGCAUUCCAUUAAAAUAAACAGAAAUGCAAUGCAUUUCAAAUCCAGGGUCGUGUCCCAACUGGCACACUGUUCCCUUUAUAGUGCACUACCUUUGACCAGGGCCCAUAGGGUUCAAAAGUGGUGCACUAUAUAGGGAAAAUGGUGCCAUUUGGGACACAGCCCAGGCGUCGUUGCACCAAAGUGACAGGAUGUGACUACACAGAAGAACCUUUUCCUACACACCGAGCGGGAUGGGUACAACUAGUUAUUUACAGAAAUACCUUUGCUGCUGGCAAUUUGAUUUCCUCAACAACACCACUUACUGGCCCACGUGCAAAACAUUGUUGUCGGCACUCUGAAGAAUGUUUGUCUGCAAAGUAAUACUGUGAAUCACUGUAAAACGUAUGACGAUGUUAUAAGAGGAAUUGUGUAACUCCCUUGUGAUUGGCACAUAAAGAGCUUGUUAUUAUUUCUCUCUCUACUGUGGGAUCUCUGGCUUCAAGCUAAUUAAUCCUGAGCUGUUAUUGUAUGGCUUUCUUUAGAAGACAGCACUGCUGUUGGUUUUACAAUGAUGAAGUAGAGUUUCUAUGGAUGCUCUAGAUCGUCUUAUGGACUCUUGCUUUCACAUCAUCACUACUAGCCCCUCACAAUACAUGGGAAACCUAUUCAAACACCUCUGAAAUGAGGACCAGAACAUAAGUGAAUUUCCUGUGAGAGAGUAUCUGUGCCUCGCUCCUUCUCCCUGGUCUCACAGUGUGGUGGGAGAAACAAAGAGCUGACAAGCCUUGGUCCCCCACGGUGCGGUGGUGACAGACAACCAGAGACAGAGCAGUGCUCUGCAAUAACUACUGCUGCCACCAGCAGCCACUGGCCAGUAGGGAAGAAAGGCUGAUAAUUACAGCACACAGACCCUGGCUGGGCAGAACAAAACAGCCAUGAUUACGCCUGUCUCGUUGCCGCUUGCUCCUCAUUAGAUCCCAGGGAAGCAAUGUUUAAUCUCUCUCUUUCUCUCUAGCUCUCUAUCGCUCUCUUUCUCUCUCUCUGCAAGUCCAACUGAGGAGUUGGGUGGGUGUAAGGAAGAGGGAGGGGUGGGGGAGGGACAAUGGGUUCCUGGAGACCCAUCAACAGCAUUAGCCCCUCAGCCUACUGACGGCUGAAUGGACGGACACACUCAAGAAUGUCAUUAGCACCCGUUCUUAGUUCAGAGACAGCAGACACUUGAAAUUGUCAGGAAACAUUGUGUCUCCAAGAGAUUGGAGAGAGAGAACGAGAGACAGAAGGGGAGAGAGAGAGAGAGAGAGAGAGAGCGAGAGAGAGAGAGAGAGAGAGCGAGAGAGAGCGAGAGAGAGAGAGAGAGAGAGAGAGAGAGAGAGAGAGAGAGAGAGAGAGAGAGAGAACAGAGAGAACAGAGAGAGAGAGAGAGAGAGAGAGAGAGGUAGCUAGAGAGAGAGGUAACGAGAGAGAGCGCUAAAUGGAGUGACCGAGAGAGGGAGCGACAAAGAGUACUGUUUCUCUGUACUGAGUGUACUGCAGACACUGAUGUUCUCUCAGUAUUGCGUCUAGACCAAGGACAGUCAGUCACUCUGUUGCAGCAGCAGCAGAUACUCUCCAGGGGUACUGCAUCAAACACUAGACAUUGUGUUUUUCUUUUUUUCUUUUUUGGGGGGGCCAAAGCUAAGAUGUUUGACUUGUUGUUAGCGUUCAUCAUCAUUGACAAUUAUAUAAAAUAACUUAAAAGCAUUCUAACCAUUCACAGCCACUCCUCUAUUCUUCUCCAUCUGUUAACAAAUGCACUUUGCAGUGACAGUUUUUCCACUUUAAUUGAAAUGCAAACCCCCAGUUAGUACUGUGGCUUUCUUUCCCCAGUUAAUACAUUUACGUUAAAAGUGUAAUCUUCUGUGUAAACCCGAGUUUAUAAAAAAAGUAUAUUAUUUUAGUUCAUAAAGCAACAGAAGACUAUUAAACACCAUUUUGUGUGUGCAAGCCUUGGAAUUAUCUCUUUUCCCAUAAUUGCUUCCAGAUAAAUUGGCCUAUCCAAUUAUAACAUUUUCCAUACAAUUUUCAUGGUAAUAGGUAUGACUGUCACUCAACUAUUCUCGCAUUCGCCACACAUUUCUGGACCACGCUUCUUUUUUUAAGAUGUCAUUGCUCUUCAAUUUGUGAGAGUUUAGCAGCCUUGUUUUAAGCACUGCAGAAUAAGAAAAGACGGCACACAGACAACAUUUGGGAUUCAUAGAAAGGCGUUCUUCCACAAACAUUCGGUUAACAAUACAUGGAAAAACCCUGAUCUCAUUCCUAUUGAAUACCUAUUCAAACACCUCCGAAAUUAUGACCAGAACAUAAGUGAAUGGCUUUGCACACUGUAUUAAACCUUGAACGUUUCACUGACCACCAAGACUGUUUCUCAGGGAGGGAUGAGUAGGCAGUAUUACUCUGAAUUUCCUUGUUCUACAGUCAAUGUGGGCUACAUAGUGUUUGUUUACAAGAGUAUAACAAGCUUAUAUUUUGGGAUCUGAUGGGGUACGACAGUUGAACUAAGCUCAUGAGGCAUUUAUAAGUUAUAUUUUUCAAGAAUUCAUAGAUACAUAUCAGUAAUUUAUAAGUUCAAAAAUGGAUGUAGCAACUAUGGAUUGCCCCUUUAAAUCAACAUUUUGCUAUAUAAUUCUUACAGAUUGUUUUAUUGCCUUUUUAAUCGGAUAAUAAUUCUGGAACGUUUUCAUUGGAAUCAAUGAUAAUUUUUGAUUUUAAGUUGGUCUGUUUUUCACUAUAUCCAGUUUAAGAAUAUUGUUCUUUCUCAAAGCACUCACUAGGGUAAAUCUUGUGGUCCUUUACUUUAUCAAUAAUUAAAUAAUAACAUUGCUCUCUCUCUCCAGAUGGACCACGACCCACGGAACCCAGCCUACAUCGCUACUCAAGGCCCUCUUCCCUCAACGGUGGCUGAUUUCUGGCAGGUACAGUCCUCUCUUUCAUAAAAUCAAUAUCUUCUCCAGACUUAAAUAAGAAGGGAACAGUGUUAUUAGCAGUGUAAGUCAAACUGGAGACAAGUGCUUUUUGUAAUCCCACCAUAGCCUCCAUAUAUACCGCUACACAAUCUACUUGCAAAUGAUAAUGAAAUAUUGGUGCACAUUUUAUUUACAGUCGUGGUCAAAAGUGUUGAGAAUGACACAAGUAUUGAUCUUCAGAAAGUUUGCUGCUUCAGUGUUUUUAGAUAUUUUUGUCAGAUGUUACUAUGGUAUACUGAAGUAUAAUUACAAGUAUUCCAUAAGUGUCAAAGGCUUUUAUUGACAAUUACAUUAAGUUUAUGCAAAGAGUCAAUAUUUGCAGUGUUGACCCUUCUUUUUCAAGACCUCUGCAAAUCGCCCUGGCAUGCUGUCAAUUAACGUCUGGGCCACAUCCUGACUGAUGGCAGCCCAUUCUUGCAUAAUCAAUGCUUGGAGUUUGUCAGAAUUUGUGGGGUUUUGUUUGUCCACCCGCCUCUUGAGGAUUGACCACAAGUUCUCAAUGGCAUUAAGGUCUGGGGAGUUUCCUGACUAUGGACCCAACAUUUCAAUGUUUUGUUCCCCGAGCCACUUAGUUAUCACUUUUGCCUUAUAGCAAGGUGCUCCAUCAUGCUGGAAAAGGCAUUGUUCAUCACCAAACUGUUCUUGGAUGGUUGGGAGAAGUUGCUCUCGGAGGAUGUGUUGGUACCAUUCUUUAUUCAUGGCUGUGUUCUUAGGCAAAAUUGUGAGUGAGCCAACUCCCUUGGCUGAGAAGCAACCCCACACAUGAAUGGUCUCAGGAUGCUUUACUAUUGGCAUGACACAGGACUGAUGGUAGCGCUCACCUUGUCUUCUCCGGACAAGCUUUUUUCCGGAUGCCCCAAACAAUCGGAAAGGGGAUUCAUCAGAGAAAAUGACUUUACCCCAGUCCUCAGCAGUCCAAUCCCUGUACCUUUUGCAGAAUAUCAGUCUGUCCCUGAUGUUUUUCCUGGAGAGAAGUGGCUUCCUCGCUGCCCUUCUUGACACCCGGCCAUCCUCCAAAAGUCUUUGCCUCACUGUGCGUGCAGAUGCACUCACACCUGCCUGCUGCCAUUCCUGAGCAAGCUCUGCACUGGUGGUUCCCCGAUCCCGCAGCUGAAUCAACUUUAGGAAACAGUCCUGGCGCUUGCUGGACUUUCUUGGGCGCCCUGAAGCCUUCUUCACAACAAUUGAACCUCUCUCCUUGAUGUUCUUGAUGAUCCGAUAAAUGGUUGAUUUAGGUGCAGUCUUACUAGCAGCAAUAUCCUUGCCUGUGAAGCCCUUUUUGUGCAAAGCAAUGAUGACGGCACGUGUUUCCUUGCAGGUAACCAUGGUUAACAGGGGAAGAACAAUGAUUUCAAGCACCUCCCUCCUUUUAAAGCUUCCAGUCUGUUAUUCUAACUCAAUCAGCAUGACAGAGUGAUCUCCAGCCUUGUCCUCGUCAACACUCUCACCUGUGUUAACGAGAGAAUCACUGACAUGAUGUCAGCUGGUCCUUUUGUGGCAGGGCUGAAAUGCAGUGGAAAUGUUUUUUGGGGAUUUAAGUAAAUUUUCAUGGCAAAGAGGGACUUUGCAAUUAAUUGCAAUUCAUCUGAUCACUCUUCAUAACAUUCUGGAGUAUAUGCAAAUUGCCAUCAUAAAACUGAGGCAGCAGACUUUGUGAAAAUUAAUAUUUGUGUCAUUCUCAAAACUUUUGACCACGACUGUAUACAGAUAUGCCUGGUUGUGUCAAACUAUAGGAGAGAAAGGCAGGUUGUCUUGAAUUAGAUUAGAUUAUUUCAUGCAAUCGAUAAGGUGGUGAAGUAUUAUUUUCUACCUCUCUGAUAAUGGGAGAAUUCCAAGGAUGGAAUUGUUCUGAGUGCAUCCCAAAUGGCACCCUAUUCCCUAUAUAGUGCACUACUUUUUUUCAUCAGGGUGCAUAGUGCUCUGGUCAAAAGUAGAGCACUAUGUAGGGAAUAGGGCGCCAUUUGGGAUGCAUCCUCUGUCCCCCGUGUGUUACUUUAAUUGUGCUGCUGAGUGGACGGAAUGCCUGGCCCAGCAUGAGGACAACCGGAGUAUGGGCCUCGGCCUGGACCUCUCUGCCUAAUCCCUGUUGGGCCCUGAACACACUCUGAGAGGGGGGUGGAGGCUCUCUCUCUCCCCUCUUCUCCCUAAUCUUCCCCCUCCUGUCAUUCACUGGCCCUCUCGAGUCCCCACACAGCAUGCAGCUCUCUCUCGCUCUCUCUCUCCCCCUCUCCCAUAGUCAUUAUGGCGGCUCAGUGUUACAGAGUUCAAGGAGCUUCCAUAUUCAGGCUUUCCUGAGGUUAUUUUUUAGUGUCUAUUCUACCCAGUCAGCAGAAUUAUGUUUUACCAUCAUUAAGUACUCUAAUGAGCACUGAUAGUCUUAGUAAAUUAGUAUUUUUUUUAAGUGCAUUUUACAUGGGUCACAACACACUUUACAUCAUUAAACUCUAUUAGAACUUUGUCAACUGUGCUAUACUUUGUUCGAUGUGCUAAACAUUAGCAAAUGCUCUUGGUAACUGUGAAAUCAUGAGCCGUAGGUGAGAGAGCAUCCUGGUCAUCUGAUGAGUGUGACAAUAAUGUUUUAUUAGCUUCAUUAACCUGGCUGCUGUUUUUCUAUCCUGCCAAUGGCUCUCUAGAGCCUACCCAACUUCUGACCAGCGCCAUCUAGACUGUAUGUCAGCAAGAAAAAUACACCUAAACAGACACUACUAGUUGUGGAAUGACACAAUAGGGAGAGGGACUGUCUCAGUAACAAUAAUGUAUUUAUUUGUUAAGGGACAGAUACAAUUAAAACAUUGAUACUUUGAAUCAUCAAAAGUCAGAUGCAUUGCACCAUCAUGCUUUAGCUUGCGCCAAUUUGCACCAUCAGUCCCCCCUCCAUAUGAAGCUGUUACUUUUUUAACCAAACUGUUUUACUAUUGUUAAAGUUGACAAAAACGACCAUUUAGAGGACUUUAAGAAUUUCACAGCGACAGCUAACAGUGUUUUUCCCAAUUAUAUAUGGAAAGUAGAUGGUACUGUAAUUUAGAUGCAGAUGAUUCAAUAAGAAGGAAUGGAUGAUAAUGAACCAUUUUAAUAAGCGUUUUAUUCAAUAUUCCUGUUUGUCAAGUUUUGUAUUGUUCCUCUAACACUAGUAAAUGGACUCGUACAUAAAAGUUUGAAGUGUGUGUGGGAGCAUCUCAAUAAAAUAGCGUGAGGCAAGCACAGUGUGUGUGUGCCUGCACAACCCGAUGCAAUUACUGGGUGUUGCCUUGUGACAAAAUGGCUGUUCUCUCUCUUUUGUGUGCAGAUGGUUUGGGAGAAUGGCUGUGUGGUCAUUGUCAUGCUGACGCCCCUCACUGAGAGCGGAGUCAAACAGUGCUACCACUACUGGCCUGACGAGGGGUCCAACCUCUACCACAUCUACGAGGUACCAGGCCUGGCUAUCCAAUGUCUGAUGUUCGCUCAAAAUGACAAUUUGUCGUUAUUCUAGACUUAUCUAUUGUUAUUGUUCUAAAUCGGAAAUAUGGUUGUAGUCGUUUAGAUAUUUAAAUGCAUGUGAAACAGUGUAAUUUCAGCAUAAUUUGGUUGUAAAUGUACUCACUUUUAAUUGUAUUCAACCAUUUACUAAUAUACUGUAAUAGCAGUCAGUAAUACACAUUUUCUAAAGUUUCUAUAAGGUACACAAUGCACUGCAUGUUUAAAAUCAAGUGCACUUCUAAUUGCAUGAUUUACUGUGUAUUCAGGGAUAACUCUUACAAUAGAAUAAGAAUGAGAACUCUUUCUAUUUCUAUGACUGACAUCACUUCCUCUUCCUCUAUAGGUGAACCUGGUGUCGGAGCACAUUUGGUGUGAUGACUUCCUGGUUCGUAGUUUCUACCUAAAGAACAUGCAGACCAACGAGACGCGCACCGUCACACAGUUCCACUUCCUUACCUGGCUCAACCAGAACGUCCCUGAGUCCAGCCGGACACUCCUGGACUUCCGCAGGUAGGACUUCCUAGAGUCAGGGCUCGACAGGGCUGUCCUCACCACUAUCUAGAGUUGCAAAAAUCCAGGACCUUUCCCAAAAUUCCCAGGUUUUCCAGAAAUCCUGAUCAGAAGAUUCCUCGGAAAACAUGGAUUUCUAGAAUGUUACCAGAUUUUUGCAACCCUAUUACUGUCAGACACGGUAACAAUAAGGUAUUUUGUGGUAUUAAACCUUUAGUUCCCUUCUUCUCCUCUUUCUUUAUGUGCCAGUCUUCAUAUAGAUAUAUACGAUAUACUAUGACUCAGUAAAUCUCUUUAUUGCUAGCUCUAAUGCUCUCUUAGGUCCACUGAGGAAUUUUUCAAAUAACAGGACAAGUCUGAGUACUGUGAUGUUAUAUAGCCUGGUGUUAUUGUAUUUGUGCUGCACACUUAUGAGGUGAGAUCUUCCGGGAAAGAGCAGGGCCAGGAUAUAUGGUGAAACACAUCAUACUGCCAUCAAGCCACCAACUGUGGUCAGUGUGGAAUUGUUGCCUUUUCUCAUGGGGUGAGGGGAAAUACUGGGAUUAAAAAAUUUGUUCGCGCUCGAUUUCUUAUUUACAUUUGACAUUUUAGUCAUUUAGCAGACGCUCUUAUCCAGAGCGACUUACAGUUAGUGAGUGCAUACAUUUUCAUACUCUAUUGCAGUAACACUUGAAUCUGAAUCUUGGUUUGUGGUUUCGACAGCAAUUAUCACACUUAAGGGUUCGAGAACAUAAACUGCAAGCUAAUUCCUCUCUCUGUAUUUAAUUAACAAGUCUUACUUAUGAUCGAGCAGCACAUUCUUUUAUUUCUCAGUUUCAUAGCAACCUACCUGUUUUGUUUUGUUUUCUUCCUUUUGUUAUAUUGCCAGCUAAUUAGCGGUUGCCAGUGUCAUUUUUGUGAUGUUGCAGCUAGUAAUAUGAGCCCAGUUGCAUAGUCACAAAAGUGAUCAUUGGAAACUGUGACUCUGCAACCAGGGGCCUUGCGGAACCCCCCUGCUCCUCCUCUCUCUCCUCAGCCUCUCCUCCUCUCUCUAACGACCUCUCACCUUUUGCUUGCUCAUGAUUUGCUUUACUUUCUCUGACUGAUACUCUAUAAGUUUAACUUAUCUAAGGAUCGCCUCCCUCCUUUGAAUUCCCCCACAUUGGUGAUCUGCUGUUGUUCCUAUGGUAACUUGGUUCAUGGUGGGAUCGGGACUUCUGAAUUGUGAAUUGGUUUUUCGUUUUGUUGAGUAACAUUUUCUGUCAAUUUACUUUUGAUCGAUGAAGGAAUACUAUUCAUUUAAAUCCAGUUUAUUAAAGAGAUAAUCAUUGGGUAUUAUAGCGAGAGCUUGAAAUAAAUCCCUAGGCAUAAGCAGUGGCGGCUCCUGAAAAAAUUCUCAGGGGGGGCAAUUUUUCUGAUGAUUUAGGUGACCUACACACAUUUAAAAAAAGAUAUGUCCAGCAACAACAUGAAGACAGGGGCAGCAUAUAAGUCAAUGCCAGAAGCAUUUAUUGACUGAUCUCAAAAGUGUUGGCUUACAAAAGCAAAAUAAGUUAUCACAGUAAAAAUAAUCAAGGGUGUUCUUUCACAUUCCUCAACACUGCAUAAACAAUAUGCAUUUCCAUAAACAAAUGAAAUAUCAGCUGAAAAUACAGCAUCUUGGUAUUUGUUCAGAUUGCAGGAUCAACAAGAGCUUUUACCACAUUUUUUGCCUCAUGGUUGAAUUGGAAAUAUGUGCACCUGAGCAUAAUUCACAACAAGCAAGCAGGAGCUUUAUUGAGGCUACUGAAAACAUUGAUGCAAGUUGUUGGUAAUAAGAAAUGUUUAUAGACUUCCAUAUUCUGCCCUCUUGUAUAGAUUUGUGAAAAUGAACAGUGAUAGACAUUUUGCCUGAAAACAGAAUUUGAAAAUAAUUUAUAGAAAAGGUAAACACAGCUAUCUGUAUGGCUUUGUAAAAAUGAACAACCAUAUUCUGGCCAAUUGUAUAGAUUUGUAAAUAUGAACAACCAUAUUCUGGCCAAUUGUAUAGAUUUGUAAAAAUGAACAUGAACAGAUUAUUUUAUUUUUUUAACUUUUUUUAAAAUGAAAAAUAACUAUUUUAAACAACAUCAACUGUGAACUGAUUUGGGCGUGUGUGUGUUAAAGAGACAGACAGGGAGGGACAAAGAGAGAGAGAGGCUACAUUACUUGUACUGAAACUGUUCUCUUCUCUCUUUCAAUGCAGCAAAGCGGUCAAUGACUUUCUCAUUGAAAUCAGGCAUGCUGAGGACUAGUUCCCUCUCCAUGGAAAGCAUGGCCAGUGCAUUCAGACGUUCCUGGCCCAUUGAAUUUCGCAGGAAUGUCUUAACUCGUGUCAAAGUUGAGAAACAUCUCUCAGCUUCAGCUGUUGUCAUGGGAGUAGUUAUGAGGAUGUUCAACAGAGUCACAGUCUCAGAGAACGUCUCCUGGAGGUUGUAGCUCAUGAGAACCUGGUACAGUGCCAGUGCACCACAGUUUGACUUUCUCGUCGUCUGCAAAAAGACCGUUCAGUCUCUCCAAAAGCACACUGGCGAUUGAGACUGAGGUUGAUUCCGAGAUGGGAAGGAACUCAAAAAAGCGCUCCUGCACUUUGUGGUUGCUAUCUAUGUACCUCAGCACAAGCACCAGCUGUGUCUGUGUAGAAACGUCCGUGGUCUCGUCAGCUUGGAUAGCUACGAAGUUCGCCGACUUCACCUCCUCCACAAUAUGUUCCCUCAUGACCGCUAGCAUACACUCCAGUAGCUCGUUUUGAAUGGUCUUUGAUGUGAACUUCUUUCAAAGAGACAAUCGAGUUGCACUGAACGCUAGCCAUCUUGAUAGUAGUACGUGAAUUGAUUGACGCUGCUACCCCGCUCUUUUCUUAGUUACGUUCAUGGUUAUGUUACGUAUGACGAAAGCGCGUAAGUGCAAGCCCUCAGAAACCCAUAGAGAUUGUAUUGAAAGCUCUGAUAUUUGAAAAAAAAAGAUUUUACAUGAGAGUCUAUGAGAUACUUCUGGGGCGAUUUUCAACCUGACUGAAAUCGCCCCAAAAGGGGCGGGGCCAUUUGAAGCACGACUUUAGCCUGAUUGGACAUUUAGUGGCAGAUCAGACGUCUAGAUUAGAACACUGAUAACUACUGUUGCCGUGAUAUAAUUGAUUAGAAAAAAAAUCCCUUCCUUUUCCCGUUUGGCAGUGCGUCGCCCAUAUCGCCCUAAUGAACACACCGCCCCUGGGCAUAAGUAUUCAGUGUCCUGCCCCACAUACAGUAAAUGUAUAAGUACUGUAGUAGGGUUGAAUAUUUUCCCGGUAUUUUACAAACGUUCCAUCCUGAGAAUAAAUCACUUUUCUCCCGGGUAGCCCGGUAUUUCCCGCCAAAACCAGACCAUGUCAUUCAAAAACAUUAUAAAGAAUAGAAAUAUGUCUGGAUUUGAUUAGAGCUUUGAUCAACAUGAAAAUUAAAACCUGAUGCUACCUGAGCCUGAUGAUUUAUGUAUUUAAUACAUUUUAUGAUCCCUACAUUAACGACAUUUAAUGAGCCCAAGCCCAAAAAAGCCCAAAUGAUUGUGCCAUUAUCCAAUACAUAUAGUAUAUAAUAUAGGCUACUGCACAUUAUGCACGACAGAAAAACAUAAAAGCCCAUAGAUGUAGCUAGCUAUAUGCUCUCUUGGGUAAAUAAAUGAAUCUAGCUCCAGUAGGCUAAUCUUUUUGAGUGUGAACUGUAUUACUGUAAUGUAUUGUAUUAUACUGUAUUAUAUGGACUGGAAUUACACACAUUGUUCAAACCAUGAUUAAACAGGGAGAGAACAUGCGAUUCUGGUGCAGCACAUGUGGCCUACAAAGUUACAAGUAUAGGCUAACGAAUUUGAUUUUAAUUUUGAAUAAAAGGGCCUAUUUGUAUAAUUAGUAGGCUGACGCAUAUAUAAAAAAUGUAAAUGUAAUAAUAUUUCCCAUAAUGUUAUUAGCCUACCUCUUUCUCUCUAUUGUUGCUUCAUUCCUUCCUCACUUUCAACAGUUAAAUGAAACAAGUUUCAUUGUGGAACUGCAAUUAAAAAACAAGGUGACCCCGAAAGCCUGAUGGAGAUGGGUAAAUUAGACACGCAUUCGGUCUUUAUAUUACUAUAGCAUAGGCUAUGCUGCAGCAAAUGUAGGCCUACCUGUCACAAAAAAAAAAGUGACCAUGAUGAGAUGAUAGGUCUACAUGCAUUGUAGAGUGCACUCCAUACUGAGAUGGUCUGUCCCCACCCUGAGCGUUGAUUCAUCAUGCGGAGUCCAUUGAGAAACCAGAUUUAGACAUCGCAUAUAAUUUAACAGUUCCAUUUCACGCCAUGCUGUUCAUAUAAAUAAUUUAUUCGAAUUAACCAGUUUCUCACAGUUAUUUAUCCUGGGAAAAGGGAGUGGUUUUGGGCGGUAAAUCCCGGUAAAGCUUGGUAACCAGGUUCACGCCAUUCAACCCUAUACUGUAGUAUACAUACAGAUGGAAGUUGAAUUAUUAUUUAGUUCUAGUUCUUUAGAAGUUUCAGUAAGAUCAUUAGCCUACUGCAUGUACUUUUAUGGGAGUGAGUUUCCCCUAACCCCCACCGCCCCUUCCCCUAACCCCCACCGCCCCUUCCCCUAACCCCCACCGCCCCUUCCCCUAACCCCCACCUCCCCUUCCCCUAACCCCCACCGCCCCUUCCCCUAACCCCCCACCUCCCCUUCCCCUAACCCCCACCGCCCCUUCCCCUAACCCCCACCGCCCCUUCCCCUAACCCCCACCGCCCCUUCCCCUAACUCCCACCGCCCCUUCCCCUAACCCCCACCUCCCCUUCCCCUAACCCCCACCGCCCCUUCCCCUAACCCCCACCGCCCCUUGCCCUAACUCCCACCUCCCCUUCCCCUAACUCCCACCUCCCCUUCCCCUAACCCCCACCGCCCCUUCCCCUAACCCCCACCGCCCCUUCCCCUAACCCCCACCGCCCCUUCCCCUAACCCCCACCCGCCCCUUCCCCUAACCCCCACCGCCCCUUCCCCUAACCCCCACCGCCCCUUCCCCUAACCCCCACCGCCCCUUCCCCCUUUAACAUUUUAGUUAUUGCGCUCCAUGAUGAAAAGAUCUGGUCCAGCAUAAUUCACCUCCACAACAACAGCCAAUUAACAAUGUGAGGGCCGCUGUACGGUGCUGCUGGCAGGAGUGUGUCUCGCCACUGUGUAAUUUCUUUAAUUGUACAAGGUUAAUGCAUGGCGGACAAGGGGCUGCGUCUCAAAAUGGCACCCUAUUCCCUGUAUAGUGCACUAUAUUUGACCAGAGCCCUGGUCAAAAGUAGUGCACUAAUGUGUCAUUUGGGACGCAUAUACCCAGCAGCCACCACACCUCAUUACCACAAUCCAAUAUAUCACCACUGCAAUGGCAUAUCUUCAUUAAGUCAGUCUUCAUUAAUUAUGGUUGUGAAAUUUGGAUUUAUAUAUUAUUUUAAAUAGAUUGAGAAGGGAUGUAUCUUUUCAAAGUCCACAGUAUCAUUAUAAUAUUUAACCUUGAUGUAGACUUGUUCUUGCCUUCAGGCCCUUAUUAAUUUGAGAAGUGUUGACCAAUUAAAAUCAAUCAUAACUGAGAAUAAAAUUGGUUCAAUCACUUGGUGUACUCUUUUAUUUUAUAUUUCAUUUGAUCUAAUUUUGAUGUUGGGAUUUGACAUAAGGUUUAUGAUGCUUUAUGUCUUCUGUCUGUUCUGUUGCAGAAAGGUUAACAAGUGCUACCGGGGACGGUCUUGUCCUAUAAUAGUCCAUUGCAGGCAAGUAUAAAGAGGAUUGUACCUCAGUAGAGGAAGUAAAUGAUGUAAUCACAGUAUGCCAUUUGUCUUUAAUGGGUCUUACAUCUAUGAUUAUAACACCCCUCUCUCUCUCUAUUAUGCAUAUAUCUAUUAUGCAUAGAUCUACUGUGUUUUCCUUUCAUGUAUAUGUUCCAAACCACAGUUCCCAAAAAUAGAUGAAACCUGAAAUAAAUGGUUGGAAUAUAGUUCAUACACUGAACAAAAAUAUAAACACAAAAUGAAAGGAGUUGGUCCCAUGUUUCAUGAGCUGAAAUAAAAGAUCCCAGAAAUUUGCCAUACAUACAAAAAGCUUAUUUCUCUCACAUUUUGUGCACAAAUUUGUUUAUAUCCCUGUUCGUGAGCAUUUCUCCUUUGCCAAGAUAAUCCAUCCACCUGACAGGUGUGGCAUAUCAAGAAGCUGAUUAAACAGCAUGAUCAUCACACAGCUGCACCUUGUGCGGGGGACAAUAAAAGGCCACUCUAAAAUGUGCAGUUUUGUCACGCAACACAAUGCCACAGAUGUCUCAAGUUUUGAGGGACCGUGCAAUUGGCAUGCUGACUGCAGGAAUGUCCACCAGAGCAGUUGCCAGAGAAUUUAAUGUUCAUUUCUCUACUAUCGUGACGUUUUAGAGAAUUUGGCAGUAUGUCCAACCGGCCUCAAACCGAAGACCACGUGUAACCAAGCCAGCCCAGGACCUCCACAUCCAGCAUCUUCAUCGUCUGAGACCAACCACCCGGACAGCUGAUGAAACUGUGGGUUUGCACAACCGAAGAAGUUCUGCACAAACUGUCAGAAACCGUCUCAGGGAAGCUCAUCUGCGUGCUCGUUGUCAUCACCAGGGUCUUAACCUGACUGCAGUUCGGCGUCGUAACCGACUUCAGUGGGCAAAUGCUCACCUUCGAUGGCCACUGGCACGCUGGAGAAAUGUGCUUUUCACGGAUGAAUCCCAGUUUCAACUGUAACGGGCAGAUGGCCAGCGGUGGGGUUAUGGUAUGGGCAGGCAUAAGCUACGGACAACGAACACAAUUGCAUUUGAUCAAUGGCAAUUUGAAUCCUGAGGCCCAUUGUCGUGCCAUUCAUCCGCCACCAUCACCUCAUGUUUCAGCAUGAUAGUGCACAGUCCCAUGUCACAAGGGUCAGGUCAGUACACAAUUCCUGGAAGCUGAAAAUGUCCCAGUUCUUCCAUGGCCUGCAUACUAACCAGACAUGUCACCCAUUGAGCAUGUUUGGGAUGCUCUGGAUCGACGUGUAUGACAGCGUGUUCCAGUUCCCGCUAAUAUCCAGCAACUUCGCACAGCCAUUGAAGAGGUGUGGGACAACAUUCCAUAGGCCACAAUCAACAGCCUGAUCAACUCUAUGCGAAGGAGAUGUGUCGCACUGCAUGAGGCAAAUGGUGGUCACACCAGAUACUGACUGGUUUUCUGAUCCACGUCCCUACCUUUUUUAAAGGUAUCUGUGACCAACAGAUGCAUAUCUGUAUUCCCAGUCAUGUGAAACCCAUAGAUUAGGGCCUAAUGUCAUUAUUUCAAUUGACUGAUUUCCUUAUAUGAACUGUAACUCAGUAAAAAAAAAUGAAAUUGUUGUAUGUUGCGUUUAUAUUUUUGUUCAGUGUAGUUUAAAGCUUGUGUUUUCAGUUUUCAUAUAACCAUUAGCACAAGCAGAAACAUUAGCAUAGCUAUAGCUUUGUAGACUACACAUAGGCACCUUGCAGAUAAAUCACAGGUCUCUAUCUCAGCUCAGAUCAGCUUAGCUCAGCUCUGAGAGGCGAGCCAGUCGAGGCCAGGCAGGCAAACAAACAUCUUAAAAUGUGUUUUCUGUGGCCCAGGGCUUUGUCCUCAGCCUUAUCUUUGAUCAGUUCAUAAUAACCCAUGCUAGGCAUUGCUAAGUAUCGAUACAUACUGCAAACUACAGAUCACAGACAUAGAUAGCAGCGUCCCCCCGGAGUCCCUGUCUGCAUUCCAAAUGUCACCCUAGUCUCUUCAUAGUGGUGCUACCAGGCCCUAGUCAAAAGUACUGCACUAUAGGGGGCCAUUUGGGAAGCACAUCCUGUAAACUGCAACGGGAUUGUGCUCAAUUACCAUUGCCCAGAUUGUUCAGAUACACAACAGACAGUGUGUUUACUGUGUUUAUGUAAACCUCUCGUGCUUUUCUAAGGGGAUUUGGUGUCUUCUUUUUUUACAGUGCCAACACCAGUCGAAGUAGGUGAUUUAUAAAUGAAAGACAUAGAUUAAAAACAUAGAUGAAAAUAGUAUUGCAUCUCUAUUCAUCAAACUAAAUGUUCAGUAUACCCCCUCUUUUUUCUAUAUGUACUGAGUGUUUUUGUUUUGUUAGUUUUUCACCAGCAAUUUUAAUAAAAUAAAUGUACUCUUCUUUGCAUCAUAUUGCAGCUUUGCCACUUUUGAGGAUGGUUUAUUAUUCUUGUUAUUACAUUUAAACCCCAGAACAACCUUUUUAUACAAAAAUCAUCAUGUUUGAUGUCGUUCAGCCCCUCAAAAUAGCAUUAGUAAUUUUAUAUGCUUGGAAUAUUAAACUCUCCUCUAUGUUGCCACCUGUUAUGACUGCAUAAAAACAGCUCACAUUUUUACAAGCUGAUACAAUAUCAACAAACAAAAAUAUUAGCAUUCAAAAUUAACAACUUUCAUUUAGGGCUGUAAGUAAAAAUUGUAUUGACCAAAACAAUAACACAUUGAAAUAGUAUUGUGUCUGUUAAGUCAUUUUAAUCACACCCCAUCUCUCUCUCUCUCUCUCUCUCUCUCUCUCUCUCUCUAUUGCAGCAAUGGCGCCGGGAGGAGUGGAACAUACAUUCUGAUUGACAUGGUUCUCAAUAAGAUGGCUAAAGGUGGGAGUCAGACAGCUUUUCUUUUCUCUUUAGGCUUGUUUAGCAGCAUCGCCAAUUCAACAUUAAAGCCUUACUCUUUUUCAGCUGUGGGUCUUGAAAUGCAUUAGAGGGUGACUGGCUCGGGUGCAGCUUCAAUGAAUGAAUGAUCAAUGGAAAUGGAGAGAAAAAAAUAUGGAGAUAUUUUUUGGUUAAUAUCAGUAUUCCCAAUCACAUUGAUUAUUUCAGAUAUACAUGUAGUUUAAGAGUUCCUAUUCUGGCAAUUUAUGUCAAACAAAUUGUAAAUGUGUUAAUGCAGAUACAUUUAUCAUGUUUAUUGGAAUUUAAUGCCAUUUCUCUUCAGCAAACAGCAUACCUAAUUGUGUUCAUGUAGGCUCACAUGCACUUUUGUUGGAAUGUGCUCUUCCAUUCAAAUUGAAAGCACCUUACACCAAUUGCUUCAGCAUGGCAUUCACACAAACACACACACACACACACACACACACAAACACUAAUUUGUUCUUGACCUAUUCUCCUCUCGGUUUGUCGUGGUGGUGGUGGUGGUGGUGUGUGUGUGUGUGUGUGUAUGUGUGUGUGUGUGUGUGUGUGUUCAUCCGUGCAUUUACAUUUGUGUGUAUUAGUGAUUUCAAAAUCUCCUGACCGGUGCUGUGGCCCUGGCCUUAAGCAGGCAUCUUAGGCCUGCUGAGAGGGGCUUUUCCCAGGCUGUCACACUGUGAGGCAGCCCAAAGGCUUUCUUCUCUGUGCCGUGGAGGAAUCUGGGCCCGGCCAGUUAGGGUUAGGGUCCUCUUUGUCUGUCUCCUGAGAAGCAGGAGGCCCAGGUUCCCUCAGCCUGAUCAAAGACCUGUAUGCCCUUGGACACAAAAUCAUUCUCUUCUCACUUUUUUUACCCUCUCUUUUUCUCCCAAGGAAUGAAUUGUACAUUCGGAGGCUGAGAAUUAUGCCUUUUUUUUUUACUUACUACCAAAGCCUCUUUUUUUUCUCCUGCUGUAAUGUUCUCUCUAACUUAAGAAUCAGCAGCACAAGUGCAGGAGUGCUUUCAGCCCGGGGUCCAGCUGCUAGCCACGGCUCUGUCUCUUUCACAGCUCCCACAAGGACUUGGGGCUUUCUCUUGAUUCUUCUCAGAGCACCCCUCCUUGAAGGGAUUCUUGCAAGGGAAACUCAAAUGAGCCAUUUAUACUGUUCCUCCACAGUCUGGUUUAUUACAACCAACACAAUAGCCUGGCUGUUAAGUCCUAGAAAAUGAAGAACUUAUUAGUGUGGUGCUCAUAGAACUGUGUGAGCACCAGUCUUGGGUGGGAGGAAUAGACUUGAGUUACUCUAUUGUAACUGUAGAGUAAAAACUGUCAUUGAAAGAGAAUGGCUUGAAUUAGCUAUUCUUGCUUAUUAUUUUAUAUUUUGUGUAAAACAGAAAAGUUUGCUCUUUUGAUGCACAGGAAAGAUUUUCUGAGGAAAGUGUGAGAGGGGUUAAGGUAGUUAGCUACAGAAAACAAAUCAAAUCCAGUUUAUUUUUCAAUUUUCCUCACCACUCCUCAUGAAUGUAAUUUUGUUGUGUUUGUCUCCCUCACUCUGUUACUUAUGAUUUUCUCCAAAGCUUUCACAGUAGGCCUUCAGCGCCACACAGACCAUCAUGUAGUCUGGCCCCAAUUCCAGACCCAGAUAGCUGUCUUCUUUGUGAUCACAGCCAUGUUUGGUCGGCAGGGGAGCAUAGAGCAGUGCCAACUGGGCACUGGGUCUGAGGGCAGGGCCCGCUGCCAGGAUGACUGGGCACUGGUGCUGCAGGGAUGGGGAAGAGAGGGUUCUCCACUCUGCUUGCCCAGUAUCCAACACAUCUAGCUAUUCACCUGGGUGGUAGCUUGCCAAGUAGGAAGGCAGAAAUACAGACAGGUAAAUAGGCAGGCAUCCCUUGCUGCUUGAGACUGAGACAACCUAUGGGGCACCUUGGUUAGCUCACAAAGCUUUGAUCAAAACAAAUCGUUAUUUGAAGUGUUUAUUUUGUUUUAUUUUAUCCUAAGAGAAUCCCUCUGAUUCCUGUAUCUUACAUUUUGUGGUUUUACAAAUACCUUUGCAAACAUGUUCUUUCCCCACCCUCUCAUUUUCAUCCAGCCAACAAAACAAUCGGAGCCUUGUUUGUAGCGUCUGUGUGGAUAAGGGAUGAAUGUAAUACUUUUCAAUCGUUGCAUGGCGGAGGUUCCAAAGGGAGCGAGUAAAAAUGAGAUUGACAGACGCUGCCUGGAUGAUCUCCUGGCUUUGAACUCUGUCCAAUUUGUUGUUGGUGUUGUGUUGCAGGUGCUAAGGAGAUUGAUAUUGCUGCCACCCUGGAGCACUUGAGGGAUCAGCGGCCGGCUAUGGUCCAGACAAAGGUAAUGUCCUCACCUCUGCUGGGAACUCUAAUGGACUCUGAUUUCUCAAAGGAGAGGGAGGGAAGGUAUGAAAUGGCUAGCUAGUUAGCGGUGCACUAAUAGCGUUCAAAUGUUCAAAGCCUUUGCUUUAGUGCAGUGCUAGGUUUGUAGUGGGUGUAUGGUGUUUCCCAAACUAGAGAGAGAGAGAGAGAGAGACUGGCAUGCUCAGUUAGUUGUGUCUUGUCUACAGAGUCCUCAAGAAAUGUGGAGCUUUUAUGUCUGUUUCAUAAAGCAGAGUAUCAGCUCAAAUGAGACCCAAGUUGUUCCCCAACACUAAACACAAAGAAUGAACAAUAUGUGUUCUGGUCAGACAAUCGACAGCCAGUUUGGAAACAUCAAUCAUAGUGUGGAUUCCCUGAGAAUUAUUAGAUUGGCCCAGCAGUCAUAUCGAUCCAUUCUUUAUUAAACCAUGUAUCCUCAAUGAGUGACUGUCAUGUUUUCACAAUUAUUGGUGAUGAGAAAUGUUUUAUUAGUAUACGUUUUGUUUUCUGCAAUAUCGUAUAAGCCUAUCGUAUAUAGUUUGAUUUCUGUAGGUAAGGGUUCUACAUACAUAGUACAUUUUAGUCGUUUGUUUAGUUAGUAAACUCUACAGUUUUACUCCCCCUAGUGGUUGCUUAUUGAAUCACUUCAGCUCAAACCAUCCCUUUUCUCACAAACAAAAAAAACAAAAUUUUUGAAAGGGUUUUUUUUGUUUUAAAUUAUCCUAAAACCCCCCUUUUUUGUAUUUCGGGUUUUUAAAAUUUUUUCAAACGUUUUUCCCCCCCUUAUUUUUCCCCCCCGGGGGGGGUUUUUGAGGGGUUGUGGAAAGGGGGUUUAAAUUUUACGGCAUGGCGGAGGUUUUCCCCGGGGGUUAAAUUAAUUUUUAAAAACCCCCCGAUUUUUGGGUUUAAUUUUUUCCAAUUUUUUGGGUUUGGUUCAUGUAAGGGUUGUUUUUGCCCCCCUGGGAUGGGAACCCCUAUGGGGGAAAAAGGAAUUUCCCCUCAAUUUUUCUGGGAACUCAAGGACUUGAUUUUGUAAGGGGGGGGAUGAAUGGCCAUUGGGGGGCCCACAUCCAAAAAAGCAAGUUUUUUUUUUUGGGGAUGCUUUUUUGGGGUUUUUUUUUGGGGUUUCCCCGAAAAAGAGGGCCCCCUCCGGUUUUUUUUUUACAGAUCCUAAAAAGUGGACUUUUAUUUUUUUUUAAAGGAAAAGUAAAUAAAAAUUUUUUUUCCCCCAAACUAAACCCAAAGAAAGAAAAAAAAGUGGGCGGGGGAAAAAUACACCCUUUUGGCUUUUUUGGGAAAUUUUAGUUGGCCCCGAUCAAUAUUCUUAUUAAACCUUACCUCGAUUUUUUUAAAAAGGGGGGAAAAAAAGGGGGGGGGGGAAAAGGGGGCCUAAAGGCAAAUGAACCCCUUUUUUAGGGAGGCAAAAGGGGGGGAAGGGCCCCCUAAGGGAAAAGGAAGCCGGGGGCCCGAGGGGGAAGGCCCAAAAGGGGCUUAUGGUCGUUUAUAAAGCAGGAUCAGCUCAAAUAGCCCAAGUGUUCCCCAACACUAACAAAGAAUGACAAAAUGUGGUUCUGGUCAGACAAUCGACAGGGUUUUUUGGGAAAAAUCAAUCAUGUGGUUCCGAGAAUAUUAGAUGGCCAGCAGUCUAUCGAUCCAUUCUUGAUAACCAUGUAUCCUUGAUGGGCUGUCAUGUUUUUCACAAUUAUUGGGUGAGGGGAAAUUUUUAGUAUACGUUUGUGUUUUCUGCAAUAUCGUAAGCCGAUCGUAUAUGUUUGAUUUCUGUAGGAGGGUCUACAUACAAACAUUUUAGUCGUUGUUUAGUUAGGAAACCUACAUUUACUCCCCUAGUGGGGGCUUAUUGAAUACUUCAGCUCAAGUGGACCAUGGAGGAAUCAUGGGUUUCUAGACUCUAGACAGUUUCUAGCUCCCUCUGUAAGUCGAUCUGACAUUUGUAUGCAAUCUCAGAAAGAACAUUGGCUUAAACCUACAAUGACUCUUCUCUCUCGCUCUCUCUCUCCCCCUCUCUCCCCCUCUCCUCUCCUCUCUUCCUCUCCUCCUCCCUCUCUCGGGCCCCCUAUCCCCCCCUUUCGCUCUCUCAACUCCCCCCUCUCACCUCCCUCUCUCUCAAUCCACCUCAGAGCUUGAAGUUCAUUGACCGCUUGCGGAGGGGUGAACGCCCGCUCAAGCCUUCCCAAAAGGCCCCCACCCAAACAGAAAGCCCCCCAGGCCCUCCUCUUCCCUCCCUCCUCCCCACUCCUCCUCUCCCACCCAUCCCCCCCAUCCCCUCUCUCCCACCUCUCCCUCGGCCAUCUCCUCUCCCCCAAUCCUCCUCCACCUCUCCCCCAACUCCUCUCUCCACCCACUCUCCCCACUCCUGCUGGGGCCCUCCUUCCUCGAUCACUCCCCCCUCCUCCGCCCCCCACCGGGGCCCCUUCUGUCCCCUCUCCCCCACUUCCCCAUCGGGCCCUCUCUUUCUCCUCCCACUCCCCUCUCCUUCUCCCUCCGCCCUCCUCCCUCCUCACUCUCUUCCCCACCCCCUCCUUCCUCCCCUCCCCCUCCCUCUCCUCUCUCCCCUCCUCCCUCCUUUUCCACCUCUCCCCCACUUCCGCUCCUUUUCUCCCCACUCCCUCCCCCCCUCCUUUUCCUCCCCCCUCCUCCUCUUCCUUCCCUCCCCCCUCCUCCUCUCCUUCUCUCCACCUCCCCCCCACCUCCUCCUCUCCUCCUCCCCCCCCACUCCCUCCUCUCCCUCUCACCCCCACUCCUCCCUCCUUCUCUCCACCUCUCCCCCCAUCCUCCUCUCCUCCUCUCCUCCCUCCUCCUCUCCUCCUCCCCUUUCUCUCCCCCCCCACUCCUCCUCUCCUCUCUCUCCCCUCUCCUCUUGUGUUGUUGUCAAGAGCGUACCUUAUCUUAGUUGUUAUAAAAAAAUAUGUUCUAAACAGACAAUUUAGUGCAUCAAGACUUUUACUGAUUGAAAAACAUGUUUAUCUAUUAAAUUAUUAGAAUAAUUAAACAAAAUUUUGUUUUUAGAUCUAUUUUGUUUGAAAUUAAUGAUGUUGGUAAACUUGUCAUGGGCAACUUUCUUUUUCUUUUUUUUCUAUUUUUUUUCUUUGGUUCUAUUAUGCGGUGUACUAAACCAUACCAUGUAAUGGAAAACUGCUUAAUUUGGUCAAGUCGACUGAAGACUGAUAACAAUGAUGCUGAUGUUAAUUCUAGUUACCAUAGUGAUAAUGACACCAAGCAAUAUGGUUUCUUCAGCUUGUCCAGACCUGGACAAAUAAUUGUAUGUUGUGGACAACGAUUGUGAGUAAACUAAACUAACUAAUGUCAGUAAACUAAACUAGCUAAUGCCUGCCUCAAGUAAAGCAGUUCUAUGAUUUGGUGUACUGUAUGUAUGAUGAAAACGAUAUUGUCUUUUUGUAAAUAAAGCAGUUCUUCUAAUCUAGUGUCUGGAUUCAAUCCGUAUCGCCGAAGUAUCGCAGAAGAUCCUGGUUAAAAUGUAAACGUAAUUUCCAAUUGAGCCGACAUACGCAGCGUUUACCGUUAAUGCAGUCUCCGCGACCGCGGGAAUAUUGCCUUUAAUUGUCAAUCGUGCUAUAAAGCGAAUCAUCAGUGCUACGGAUUGAAUAAAGCUCUAGAUGUACAUGUUGCAUCAAUGGCUUAGGUCUGAAUAUAAGCUGCCACUGGAUGUCCCUGUGUCUUAUUUACUGUGUUCCAAAUGGCACCCCUUUCCUUAUAUACAAUAGUUAACUUAUUUUGACCAGAGUUCUGGUCAAAACAAGUGCACUAUGUAGGGAAUAGGGUGCCAUUUGGGACACCAACCAGGCAGGUUCGUCUGCACUACAGAGUACUGUCAGCUAAAUAAUAAUAAUAAUAAUUAAUAAUAAUAUAUGCCAUUUAGCAGAAGGUUGUAUCCUGUACAGUCACCGUGUGCAUACAACUCUACCCCAAUACUUUGUGCUUUGACUAGACUCAUGCCAUUCGAUCACAAAAUCUUGUGUCAAGCUUUCAUAUGUUUGUCCAUUGGAUUCUGUUUUGUACAUCCAAUAUUUUCUGAAUUGCAGAUGAUAUGACCUGUUUUUUUACCAUACACUAGCACAUGGCUAUUUGAAACUAUUAUUCCCCAAAUGUAUCUCCUUCAGCCUCAAAAUAUAUCCUAGAGAUACCCUGGUUACGUCUUUUGCUUAGCAGAUACUUCACUUAUGUUCGAGGAAACAUGAUUGUACAUGAUAUAUCAUGUCACCAUGAAGAAAGCCAAGGAUGUGAUUUACUAUUUACUUUGACAAGCCAAGGAUAUAUAAUCAUGCCAUUUGAGACAUUAAUUUCUGAAGAAUAGUAGUGCAAGUACAGAGGGGAAAUAGUGGAUUGUUAUAUUACAUAUUGGCAAAAACUCCUCCUGCGUACAAAAUGGCAACUGAUUCCCUUUCUAUUACACUUCUUUUCCUUUGGUCCCUGGUCAAAAGUAGUGCACUAUAAAGGGAAUAGGGUGCCAUUUGGAACGCAUCCAGAGUUAAAACGGGCCAUGUUUAUGUGUCCUAUACUGUCACCCACUGCAAAAAGCUUUUAUCUUUCAACUCAUUUAUUGCAAGAGAUGGCUGGUCUGUUACAUUGAUCUGUAUAUAUAUAUGAUUAUUCAAAAACCAACAGAAAAUAUUUUGUUCUAACAGUGAAGAUAAACUAUUGUGAAUAAAGUCCCAUUAUCGAUGGUGUGUUGUAUUGCAACCUUGUACUCCCAGAUGUUGUCAUUCUUUCCACCACUAUCUUCUUGUGCAGUACGUAUUUAUUUUUUGCAUUGUCUGAGUAGGCAAGAAACCUCUAUAAAGACUACAUAUAA